AACAAUCGUCCCCUUACUUAUUUCGUCCUCUGAUGUCACUGUCUUUGCAGAGCCUCCGCUGCUUUGGCGCUCCGCCUUCAUCACCAUUAUCGUCUUCUCCCACCAACCAAGCAGCUGCUCGCCGUGUUCGCAUCAGUUGCUGUUCGGGGCCAGCCUUCGUGCGGGAAGCACCUCCAUCUCCGAUUAAGCCCAGGGAUGUGAAGGAGGAUAAGCGCAUCGGGCCCGAGGCGGCCCGCUCUGGAAUCAAGGUUCCCAGGCAGAAAUACAUAUCUAUUUCCAAGUCCGAGUUAUUGGAUGCCAUUAUCUCCACCAUGUUCGCCUCGCAACAAGAGCAGGCGCUUCAAUUUCUCUCUCUAUCCCAAUGUUUGGAUUCGAUUCUUCACGCCGAGCACAAAACCAUUUUGGAGGAGAUGAGAGCUGAUUUUGGUCUUACUCGUCCGACGAAGAAAAAGUCUUCCGGUACCGAUGAUGAUUUUCCGUCUAUUGGAAGAACAUCUGUGGCUGAUGAGGAUUCAAGGGCUUUCGUGAAUGGCUCUGUUGAAAGUGAUAAGAUGGGCAGAGAUGAGGAUGAAGUUUCGUCCAGUUUUACUCUGGAUUGGAAACAAGUAAUGGAUAUUUCACUCAGAACUGCCAUGCGAACUCCUAUCAAUAGUCCCAGUGUUGCCAUUCCCGGACGUUUUCAACAUGCUUUCAUGAAAUUGCUAUAUAAUGCUGGGUUUGAAGAGUUAUCUCCAAGAGAUUUGAUGUUGACAUCAGCGCUAAAUACUGAUUAUCUCCUUACAUUGCCAGUUUAUGUUGACUGGAAAAAGGCAUCCGAGUCGAGUGCUAUCAUAUUCAGGCGGGGAUAUGCAACUGAGAGGCAAAAAGGCUUUUUAAUUGCUGAAAAAUUGGAUUACUUACAGUCGAAGUUGUUACAAAGAAUUUUUUUCCUUGUUUCCAAACCGAUGGGUAGAGUUGGUGACUGGUUAAAUGAGGUUUUCAGGAGCAUCACUCGCAACGAAGAUACAGAAAGUUUGGCAAGUGAAUUCAAGCUCAGGAUGAAGGAGUUGUCACUUUCCUUGAAAUCUUAUUCCUAUGAUGAAAAAAUGCUUGAUGACCGUACAAAGGUUGACAUCCAAUCUACUGAUUUUCCAAUCUGGAUGGCUGCACAGAAAGCAGUAGCUCGCUAUGAAGGGAUUCUCUCAGAAGUUGGGCCUCGAGAGAGGCUCUUAAGGAAAUUUCUGGCAUGGGCUGGCCUAUUACCAUCAACUCCUGAGCAAGCAUUUGACCUUGACACACACACUGCUAGUUCUGAAUCCAACUUGAGUCCAAGCUUCUUGUCAAGGAUAUCACUUAGUGACAUAUGGAAACCUGCAUCACCUAAAUCUUGUGGAAAUGACUUCCGGAGGAUGUUAAGAAAUGCCUUUUCAAUUUUCUUCUCCCAAUCUAUUCUGCAGGAGCCGGCCUUCCAAGAGUUAAUCUUGCUUUAUACUGAAGAAAAGGGACAAAGAGAACGAUCAGAUCAACCGGAGGUUCCUUCAUUGCAAAUGAAAAUCUAUGAGAAAAUUCCUAUUCCAGAUCUUCCGGUUGUUUUUCCUCACAAGAAGCUGUCUUUCCGAAUACUUGACACGGUACGCUUGGAUGUUGCGACAAUAUUGGGGCUUUUGGCAUACUUCUUUAGCUAUAAAUUUGAAGAUGUUUUAUCUUCACCAUCUGCAGUGCUUUUAGAUGUGAUUCCUGCUAUUGCCCUUGUGAUAUAUGUCAGUCGUGUAGUUUUGGGCUACAAACAAACAAGGGAUAGAUAUCAACUUCUGGUGAAUAAGACGCUGUACGAGAAAACAGUAGCCAGUGGCUUUGGUUCCAUUCAUUUUCUUCUUGAUGCUUCUGAACAGCAGCAAUACAAAGAAGCCAUUUUGGUGUAUGCCACUUUACUUAAAGCAGAGAGUUCCCAGGCGACAAGCACAAGAGCUAUUGGACGUAAAUGCGAGACAUUUAUUUAUGAUGUUUUUGGAGAGAAGGUUGAGAUGCCGGUUGACAAGGCCAUAGAGACACUGAUGAGGCUGGGACUUGUAAAAGAAAAUGUUGUCGAUGGACAAAUUAGAGUGGAGGCUAUCCCUUGCAGCAGGGCAUUGACCAUGCUUCGAACUCGUUGGAAUAGUUUAAUCGAUUAAAUCUCCUGAUUAAUUUUAAAAAUGACCGAGGAUUUACCGUCUAGCUACCAAAAAAUGGUCGUUAUUUUUAUCAUAAAACUUGAGUCCCAUGAAAUUUUGUAUCCACUGUACAAAAUACACAUCUUGGGGUUGCACUUCUGUAAGACAGAAAUAAUCCCAAGAUACCUGUAAAUUAAGAAGGUGCUGGAUGUUUUUAUUAUUGUGUUCCACAAUUUUUUUUUAUUUCUUUUUUUAUUUUUUUUAAGGUCAAGCACUUAAAAAGUAGAACCCUUAAAAAAAAACCAUUUGUGAAAAAUUAUGUAAUAUUAUGGUAAUUAUUCUAUGAAUAUGUACUAA